AAUCGAGCAUAGAAAAACCGACUCUCUCUCACUAGAAAGUUUGCAGCUUUUUAUCUUCUUCCAAAACAACACACACAGAGACAACAGGCGAAAAUGACGGAGCCGAAAGACUCGGCGAUCAAGCUCUUUGGGAAGACGAUUCCGUUGCCUGAGAUCCCUCCUUAUUUUACUGUUGAUGACGCUAUCAAUCGGGACAGUCAGGACCGUCCAUCUUGUACAAAUUCGUCCACAGAGAAGGAUAAGAACAUAGAUGGUGAAGAAGGAGGUGUUGUUAAUAAGGAUGCAAUUGAAGAAAAACCAAGUGACACUAAGCUGGAAGAUGGAGCCCCAUCUGUGGCUUCAGAUGAAUCCAGAUAUCCGGACACAACGUUACAGAUGGAUGAGAACUCUAAAACACACCCUGGUGAGAAAGAAAGUGCCACAUCAAAAACUUUGAUGAUAGAGGAAGAACAGAGUGAGAAAAGUACUUCGCCAGAAAAUACCACCCUAAAGAAACCAGACAAGAUUCUUCCGUGUCCUCGCUGCAACAGUAUGGAUACCAAGUUCUGUUACUACAAUAAUUACAAUGUCAGCCAACCCAGGCAUUUCUGCAAGAACUGCCAGAGAUACUGGACUGCUGGAGGGACCAUGAGGAAUGUACCCGUUGGUGCUGGUCGUCGCAAGAACAAAAACUCGGUUUCUCUCUUCCGUCAGAUAGCUGAUUCCGAAGCUCUCCAGAAUGCUCGAAAAGAAGUACCAAAUGGCGUCCAUCCUUCAUUGAGAAGUAAUGGUACAGUCCUUGCUUUUGGUUCAGAUACACCUCUGUGUGAAUCUAUUAUGCCAUCUGUCUUGAAAAUUGCGGAUAAAUCAAUGCGGCACUGCACGCAAACUGGUUUUCAUAGACCCGACGAGUUAAUGAUACCAAUUUCUUAUGGAGGUAGAGAAAAUGGAGACAGUUGUUCUAACGGUUCUUAUGUAACUGCUUCAAAUUCAAAGAAUGGGGCAGGUAACACUAGGUCACAAGAGCAAGCACUACAAAAGUGUCAGGCAUUCCCGCAGCAAAUACCAUGCUUUCCUGGUGCUCCAUGGCCGUAUCCAUGGAAUCCAGCUCUGUGGAGUCCUCCAAUGCCCCCUCCGGCUUUAUGCCCUCCAGGGUUUCCUAUGCCAUUCUACCCUGCAACACCUUAUUGGGGUUGUACGGUGCCGGGUUCUUGGAACAUCCCAUGGCUUCAUCAGCCCUCUUCUCCAAAGCAAACUGCAUCAAACUUUGGGCCUGACCCUCCAACCUUGGGGAAACAUUCGAGGGAUGAGAAUACAGUUAAAGCAAGCACCACUGGUGAGGAAGAAAAUCCAAAAGACAACAACUCAGAAAGAUGUCUUUGGGUUCCAAAAACCUUGAGAAUUGAUGAUCCUGGAGAAGCUGCAAAAAGCUCUAUAUGGAUGACACUGGGGAUUAAGUAUGAUAAAGCAGAUUCACUUGGCGGAGGAGGACUGUUUAAGUCUUUCCAAUCAAAAGGUGAUGAAAAGAGCCAUUCAACUGAAUUCUCUCCAGUUUUGCAUGCCAACCCAGCUGCAUUGUCUAGGUCACAGAACUUCCAUGAGACCUCAUAAUUGGAUAGCUUAGUGCUUCCUUCUGGUGCAAAGAGUCUUGUGUUAUCAGCUGGUACAUACACAUCCUCACUCAUUUUGAACACCAAAAGGCCAUGUUCGAUAGACCGGCCUCAUCUGUAACUGUCAUUUCUUAAAAGUAGUCCAGCCGAGAAGAAACGCAGGAGAAGGAUCUCUGAUUGAUUAAAUUCUCUGACGUUGGUAAUUUCAAAUCCUAGUUAUAGCAGAAUUAGCCACUAAUAUUUUUUUCCCCCUUAUAUUUUAGAUAUAAUGCCUGUAACCAAGAAGUGCUUUUCAUUCUUUUUUUUUUUUUUGGUUCUUUUUUCUUUUCUUCCAGUUAGAUGGUUUGUGGAGGUCAUGUACAUAUCUUUAGUUUGAGAGUGAGAGCUGGAACUGUAUGUAACUUAUGUCCCAAGAUUCCUCUUCUACUAAAAUAAAUUUGGGGAAUAAGAAUCAGACUUUUACUUCUUGCCCUGA